GAGGAAGAGUGAAUCAGCUGUUAACGCCCAGGUGCCGCCGCGGUGUGUUAUGUAAUGUGUGUCUAAAGUCUAAACAUUAGUGUUAUUAUAAAACGCAGACGCGUGGUGGUGUUUGCGGUUUCAUGGGAUCGUUUCCAUUCGUCCAGCGGAGCCGCAGACGUCGCAGAUGGAAAUGAAGUUACGGUUAUAGCAGCUUUUACUGUUACACGCUUUGUUUCUCAGAUGUAGGAAGUGAGACACGAGGCCGUCGGGAACCCUCGGAUAUUCCCAACGUUUUAACUAAAGGUCAGCAAAUACGGAAGCAGACUGCGAAUAAGAAGGUGGACUUUUGUCGUUGCACCUGAACGCACCCUGAGUUCCCCGCUGGUCAGUCAUCUCUCCUGGUGUAAACACACGGUGUCAAGAGCCGGAGCUCGACUCUGGGCGGAUCCGACCGAAACCGGGACCGACUCCCUCAGCACAAAAUGGUAGGACCGGGACGCGUGGAACUGCUGAGAAGCGCGUGAGUGCGCGUGUCAGCUCCACUGCGGCCACGUUCAGCGACGGCUUCACCUGAGUGACAGCGGGGGCGCGAACCCGCGUCCGUCCGGUCCAGCGAACCAAAACCAGAUGUUCACAACCGCGUUACUGUCUUUUUUCUCGUCCUGCGUUUGUCGUUCGUUCACAGUAAACGCUUGUCAGCGAAUGGACGGGAAGUGUCCGUUGUUUUUAACACCACCUUGCGGUUCUGUAGUUUUUUAAUAUUCCUGACUUCCUGAAGUCUGUGUUUUCCAGCACUGAGUGGAAAACGCGUUGAGAGGAGACAAAGCACUUUACUGGAGGCCGCACACAGAGCAGGUCCCCUCCCGUCCACCAUGUCCAGCCUCGCGGGGGGCGACGUGCAGGCGUUCGGCGCCGAGCUGCCCGCCAUGUUCGACGGCGUGAAGCUGGCGGCCAUCGCCACCGUGCUGUACGUCAUCGUCCGAUGCCUCAACCUCAAGAGCCCCACGGCCGCUCCGCAGGUCGCCUUCCAGGACACGGCGCUCAGCCGCUUCCUGCUCAAGUCCUGCCCCAUGCUGAGCAAAGAAUACAUCCCUCCGUUGUUGUGGGGGAAGAGUGGUCACCUCCAGACAGUCCUUUAUGGCAAGAUGGGCCGGGUCCAAACGCCGACGCCCCGAGGGAUCCGCAAGUUCCUCCCGAUGCAGGACGGCGCCACGGCCACCUUUGACCUCUUCGAAGCCCUGGGAGAACACGGCACCGGAGAUGACGUCACCAUGGUAAUCUGCCCCGGCAUCGGUAACCAUAGCGAGAAGCGCUACAUCCGGACCUUCGUGGACUACUCCCAGCGGCAGGGCUACCGCUGCGCCGUGCUCAACCACCUGGGAGCCCUGCCCGACGUGGAGCUCACCUCACCGCGCAUGUUCACCUACGGCUGCACCUGGGAGUUUGCAGCUAUGGUGAACGACGUCAAACAAGCCUUCCCCCACACGCGGCUGGUGGUCGUGGGCUUCAGCCUGGGGGGCAACAUCGCCUGCAAGUUCCUGGGCGAGAGCCGGCGGAACCAGGAGCGGGUGCUGUGCUGCAUCAGCGUGUGUCAGGGCUACAGUGCCCUCAGGGCCCAGGAAACGUUCCUCCAGUGGGACCAGUGCCGGAGGUUCUACAACUUUGUGCUGGCGGGCAACAUGAAGAGGCUCAUCCUGUCGCACAGGAGCACCUUGUUGAACUCGAACUCCAGCAGCAUCGGCGCCGCCGACCUCAGCGGACUGUACGCAGCCACGUCGCUGGUGCAGGUGGACGACAGCGUCAUGAGGAAGUUCCACGGCUACGGCUCGGUGAAGGAGUACUACGAGAAGGAGAGCUGCGUGCGCUACAUGCACAGAAUCACUGUGCCCCUGCUGCUGCUCAACUCCUCAGACGACCCCCUGAUUCACCCGUCGCUGCUGUCGAUCCCGCGCUCCCUCUCAGAGAAGAUGCCCAACGUGAUGUUCGCCCUGACCCAGCACGGGGGCCACCUGGGCUUCUUCGAGGGAGCCGUGCUCCUCCCUCAGCCCCUCACCUGGAUGGAUAAAGUCAUAGUGGAGUACACGGACGCCAUCUGCCUCUGGGAGAAGAGCCAGCGGGACGGGAGCUGCUUCCAGCCGAGCACAGGCCACACGCACUGAGCUUCCAUCCUCUGCUUCCCAGUUACACUCCGGUACCACAGCUGGCCCUUUGCUGGUUUUUGGCAGCUGGACAGCAGGAGCAUGUAGCUGGUGCUUCAACUACAACACUGUUGUCACCUUUGACCUCUAUAUGAAAAUAAAAACGCAAUAUUUUUCUACAUGAAAUACAACUAAAAUAUUUUUUUGCUAUUUUAAUUAUUGUUGAGGAGAAAUGUGUUGCCUUUUGUUUUUUUAACCAUUGUAAAGAAUUAAAACCUUUACAGAUCUGGUUCUGGACUUUAAAGUCUGUCUCAGACGAUAACCAUGUGAAUGUGAGGAAACACUAAAUGUGUAAACUCAUGCAAAGUUACGCUAAAGUUCAUCUGAAGCUCCAGGAGUUUUAUUCUUUGUGGUUUUGAAUACAAAUGUUAAUAAACGUUGCUACAAGCUGCAGGA